AGUCAGCACAGUGUGCAGAUGCACUAGAGCGGGAAAUCGUAACUUUCAGUCGUAAUGGUUUCUAAUUCAACUUUUCUUUCUCAAGAAAUGCACAAAAUGUCAAGCCUCAGUCCGUGCUAUUUGGUCUUGUUCCUGGGACUGUCAGUUGGAAACAAUGUAAAGACGGAUAGAUGUUAUCAAUACAAAGAAUGUUGGACAUGCGUUGGAGAUCCAUGCUCCAGACGUAGAGAAGCCGAAGAUGUCAACAACAUCUGUGUUUGGUGCGAAAACUAUCCUGAUGUGGGUAAAGCGUGUAUUUCAACUCGACAGGAUCGGAUUUGUCUUCCGGAACCGCUAAAAUAUGUAGAUCAGUGCAAGCUAGAAGCUGAUGUCCCAACAGAGGGUCUUACUUCUUUCGUCACAAAAAAACUACGCUGUUCAUCUUGAGCUUCUAAGAAACGAUAUUUUUGGCAUUAUUCAAGCAGAAGUGGGAGUUCAAAAUUUUUACGUAUGGAUAGCAAUAAACAGAUCUGUUAACAGUAAAUUUGUAGUAGAAAAGUGUGGUCGUUACACGCCGAUUUCAGCAAUCGAACUGGAAGAUUCUUUACCGAGCUCAUCUCCUAUUGGCAAGAGAGAACGAUGCUGGAAUCUCGGAAAGAACACAACAGUAUUUCCUAUUCAAUUAAAUAUCUCUAAUCUUCAAGAGGGCAUUGUUCUCAAUUUUGGCACUUCGCCAUGUUGCUGUUGCUCGAGCAACACAACAUACAUUAAUACUACUGUUCUUUUAAAGGAAGGCUAUUGUCAAUACGAUUCUCUCAAUUCAUCAGUAAUUUCUGGAAACAUUGGAAUGUUGACUAAUUGCUCCGAAAGCAACAUUUCCCUUCAGUUUGCAGUCCAGACUUCCUUGCUUUGUCCAAGACAUUUAGAGUGGCGUCUUUCAGUGGAGAACACUACCGCGUUUUGUGUUGAAACAAAGUCGAACGAAUACAAAUGUACAAUUCGUCUAAAUGCUGCAGCGCCAGACGCAGUAAUCUCUUCGACGUCUAUGUAUUGCCAAAACAGCUUUUUUCUCUGGAGGACGUUAUUGAACGGCAGCGAAGGAAACGCCUCUUUGAAUAAUGUACUUCCUGGAAAAGACAUCCGAGACUCUUGCAUUUUUGUUCUAGAUUUACACGACAUCUGCACUUUUUCUGUUGUUUACAGCUAUGCUUCUGCGACCACUCGUCUCAUACAAAUCAACGGAUCUUCUUCGUUUAGCAAUGCCGCUUGCUACAAGACAUGUACUCGGGGGUACGUAGUUCUUCCUUGUGCACUAGCGUUUGGUUUAGGCUUCGUUAUAAUUGUGAUUCACGUCACAACAAAACCAAAUAGCAACUGCAGAAAAAAAUGUAGAAAAGGAUAUAUGCCUGUUCAAGGAAGCGAUUCUUCUACAAGACCAACAUUCGCACCUUCAAGAUCGCCUUUUGGUGUCGACGACUUGGAUCAAACAUAUCAACGAGAUGCCAGACAGACAACUACUACAGCAAUCAACUGUUCCGAUGAUGCUAUUUUAAACCAUAUAAAUAGGGAAACGCCCUCUAAUUUUAAUGCACCAGGUAAUUCGAGAGGUUCAUCAGAAGACAAGCAAAGAAAUGAUGGCAAUUUGUCAACUAAAGGUGAUGGCUUGGUCUCGAAUGACACGAGUGAUAGCGAAACAGAACAAUCAAGAGUAUCGAUAAACAACCCUCAAAUUCAAUCUGAUGCAGACGGCUUAAAAAGCGAUAAACAAGAAAAUAACUUUUGUGCCUGUAGUAGUAUUGAUAAUCCACAAAAUAGCCAUCCUGCAGCUUCUGUUACUAUUAAUAUUCACGGACGGAAUGUCAUCUUGGGAGACAACAAUACAGCAAUAUUGAGUUUUACUGAGUAUUCUGCACAAGAGCAAACAACAGCAGAUGCUGAGUUUGGAACAAAAUUUGAGCAAAUUGAGGCUACGGUACAAGCCAUAGAUACUAAAGUAGAAGCCAUGGAUACUAAAGUACAAGCCAUAGAUACUACAGUGAAAGACAUGAAUACUUCAGUACAAGCCAUUAGUACUACAAUGACCUACAACAUGUCAUCAUUACAAAGUCAGAUGGCAGACAUUAAUACCGCUCGAGACGGUAAUGACAACAACACCUAAAUGCACUAUUGUAGUUUCUUCGACAAUUAGGUAGAGAAGAGUGAUCAAAUAGAUGAAUUAGAUAUGGCACUAUGCCAUCUCUUUGUAGAAGCAUCAAAUUACUAAAAUAUGUAUAGUUUCUAGUCAACAAUUGAUUACUCAAUAAAUGUUAUAUUACAAUAAUAGCACCAAAUUUGUAGCAUUGAUUUCAUCUGCA